CCCCCUUCAAGCCUCUGGCGAUCUCAGUGGUGUGCAAGUACCAGCCCAAAGUGCUGUCCGGGCCAACCCAUUCAGCAUCCAGGUCCCACACAGUUCUGCAGAGGAGGGAGAGCGCAAACGGAGCGCACAGGGGAAGGUUGCGCACAGCUUGGAUUGGAUUUGUUUGGACAUUUCUCUGCUUUCUUUUUUUCUCUUUGUUUUGUUCUGGAUCUCUUUCGGUACUUACAUGGCUGUACCGAUCAUGAUUUCAUCGCACCUGUUUCUGCUGACGCUGAUCUGCGUCAUUACCUCUGCAUCGGUUACCGGAGACAGCGGCUUCCUCAAGCUCUCUGGUUACCUGGAUGAGGACAUGCUCUCCCGGCAUAUGCACAGACUGUACGAGAAAUACAACAGGGAGAACCGCCUGAAGGAAGGAAACACUAUCAGGAGUUUCAGAGCCAUCCUAGACGCUGCUGAUCACAGGACCAUUUUCAAACUCAACCUAACAACCCUUCAGGAUUCAGAGGCCAUCCUCUCUGCAACAUUCCAUUUCCUGCUAGAUAAGAACUCACAAAGCAAACCCUGGUUCUGUAAGCGCUUCAGGAGCCUGUCAUGCCGCUCCCAAUCCACACACCCUUCUCCCUCCAUUAUUUUGCUGUUUCACUCCUCUGGGCCGGAGGUCAGACGUGGGCCGGUGGGCUCAUCUUUAGGUAAUGUGACCUUUUACCCCCACAGGAGAGGGGUGUGGCAGAUGAAAGAUGUGACCCCAAUAAUAAAGGAAGCUCGAGACAGGGGUCAGUUCUUGGUUUCAGUGGAAUUGGACUUUGGAGUGCCGCAGCAUAAGAAACAAGAAGGUAUUUUACCUGCUGUCAGCAUGCCCUACCUGUUGCUGUAUGCUAAUGACGUAGCUUUAACAGAGCCUAACAGUGUUGCUUCCAGCCUUCAAAGGUACGACCCAGUCAGCGAGGGAGCAGAACUCCUGCACAGGUCUAAUUCCUCACCUAAACUGAAGGGUCGCAUAAGAAGGGAAGCAAAGCCCCUCGCUGACCUCAUUCAGAACAACGAGCUACCUGAGCUCGACUACGGGCCCCGUGGACACAGAAAAGAUGACCUGUGGGAGCUUAACUGGCACCUUGCUCUGAAGCCGAAGUUUAAACCAGAGAGGAAGGAAAGGAUUAGUAAAAACCAAAAGACAGGAGGAGAAGAGCAAGACAAAGCGAAACCUCCAACCAUGGAAGAAGAAGAAAGAACAGCGCAGCCGAUCGAAACCGAUGGUUCAUCUAAUAAAACCCUCAAAGAUGGUCCUACGCUUUCUGCUGGUGACAGACAGAGGAGUGAUCGGAUUACUGAGAGAAAGAAUGGAGGAAGACAGAGGGAAAACACCCGGUCAUCUUUACUGAGUUUUGAUGAGCAAACAAUGCGGAAGGCCAGGAGACGGCAGUGGGGCCACGACCGGCGCUGUUCCAGGAGGAACCUCCGAGUAGAUUUUGCUGAUAUUGGCUGGAGUGAAUGGGUCAUUGCACCCACGUCAUUUGAUGCCUACUACUGUGCUGGGGCAUGUGGGUUUCCCAUGCCGCAGGUUGUCAAGCCGUCUAACCACGCCACAAUACAGAGUAUAGUGCGAGCUGUAGGAAUCAUCCCUGGGAUUCCAGAGCCCUGUUGUGUCCCAGAAAACAUGAGCCCCCUCGCUGUGCUCUUCCAGGACGACUCCAGGAACCUAGUGCUGAAGGUUUACCCCAACAUGUCCGUCCAGUCCUGCUCCUGCCGAUAGGGCAUUGUGGAGGGAAGAACAAAAAAAAGGGAGGACUGAAAACAAAUUCAAAAGCAACAGAAUUGUGCAUCAGUUAACUGUUCCCCUGAUGCUAUGAGACAAAGUCACUCAGUCCAAAUAUAUUUCCUCAGGAAUGGAGGCGAGCAGAGCUUAAUUUGUCAUGCUUUUUGCCCUUGCAGGACAAAUAUAUGUAGUGUAAGUGUUAUGGAUCUCUAAACAGUCAUCUAAUGUGAUUUUAUUUAGGUUUUCUGUAGAUGAGAGCAUUUUAGGGAUAUUUUCCUUUCCAUAACAGGUAGUCGUUAGACUGCUCAUCUGGAGUUAAUGGUUGUUUCUCACCAUGCAGUGCAGAAGUAUCCAUAUCUGUUUAAAUAUUUUAUUUACUUUCACAUUGAAACCACAGACUUUAUCAUAUUUUAUAUUUUAAAUAACAUCUAACAUCUCUUGCUUUAGUCAGGCCUUCAAUUUGUAAUUAGUUGUGUUUAUUUACAGAGUUGUUUUUAUAUUUCUCAAGUGUAAAUACAAGUAUAGGUGGUUUAAUUUUUUUUUAUUUAAAAAAUACAAAGUGUGGUAUUUGUAUUCAUCCCUCUUAAAUAAGAGCUUAAGGUUUCUAUUGGCCCAGCACCAUAAAAGACAUACAUUUUCGCCUAUUUUUCUUAGUAAAACAACUCAAAUUUAUCAGAUUGGAUGGAAAACAUUUCUAAAGAUCAAUUUGUCACAGUUUUUUAGGACAUGGGUCUUUGCUUUUAAUGUGUCUCUCUAAUGCAUUAAUAGACUUUGAUUCCCAUUUUGGUUCUGGACGUGUCUUUACGGUUAAUUUCCUCUCGCUGCUCUUAGGUCUAUUGUAGGCUUUGAAAGGUUUCUUUACAGAACUGCUCCUUAUUUAGCAAAAUCCAUUUUCCAGCAUCUCUGAGCAAGUUCCCUCUUUCUGCCGAAGAAAAGCAUCCCUAUAGGCCACCCUUUUGCAUAGAUUGAAUAUAUACCGAGAAAUUAUGAAACACAGAAAUAAUUACCUUUUAAACAACCAAAUAAAAUAGUAAAAUUAUUUACUAUAAUGAUUUAUUUCAUGGCUCCUGUGCAGCAAUGUCACCAUGAAAACAUCGACGCAUUCAGCUUGAUGCUGCGCUUCACUUACCUCUGAACUUAGACGUCAUUCAAGUAGUUUACAGAAGCUAAUCUUUUUCCUGGGUAUGUUUUUAUUUAAGAUUUAAAAUCCAAUUAGUUAACGAUUAAACAUAAAGAUCUAAUAAGUACAUUUAAAUAACUGCCAGAAGAAAAAUACUUCAUCCAUCGUAUCCCAACAUGGAGACACAUAGAUUGGACACCAGAGGCACUAGCAAAAAUCCAUCAAGUAUAACUGAAAUGUAAAGUUAGUUUGCCUAAAGAGACUGGACUUUAUUCAUAAAACUCAACAUCAAACCUAUGCAAGAACUUUGACGUAGGUAACCAAAGUUUUAAAAAAAGGUGCUAAUUAUUUGCAGUGAAUGGCAACUGUAUAAAUGCUAUAUGAUAAUAAAGACCAGAAUCAGUGGGUGAGGCUAUAUUUAUCUUGUGAAUUACUUUUUUUUAAGUGUAAACAUGACGGAUUUCUCCACCUAAGACCUCAAUGAGUUCUCUGGCAAACUGGUAGAGGAAGUUUUAGAGCGAGCUAAGGACAUUGAAGCUGGAGUUGCUCAACCCCAGUUUCAGUUUUAUAUAUUUGAUCAGUUUCUUGAAGUUAAUUGAAUAAUUUUCAGAGAAAGACCUCAAUGUGAAAGUAAACCUGAAAGACACUGCCUUAACUUGCUGUGUUAACUUGCAACAAGAUGUCAGGGUUUACUAAAGAGACCUCCUUAAUUCCACUCAAUUAGAUGGGUCAGAUUAAACUGAUUUCAUGAUGACUCUGCUGCAAUGAUAUGAAAUAAAUGGAUGUAAAAAAA